CAGAACUGAUGGGCGGUGAGCAAGAGUAGAUACAGGGAGUGGAGUGGACACGUCCAGGGCCAGCUGGACCUCGGGCCUGGAGCUCCGAGGAGAGUCGAGCUCUGACAGACGUCAGAAUGGGGGUAUUGCUGAGGCCGGUGUGGAGGAGACCACCCAGGGCACCGGCCUGAGAAGAGAAGGCCCAGGGCAGACCUGGAGGCAACUGGAAGCCGUCCCCUCUGCCACCAUGAGGAACAUCUUCAAGAGGAACCAGGAGCCCAUUGUGGCUGCUGCCACCACCACCGCCACGAUGCCAGUCGGGCCUGUGGACAACUCCACCGAGAAUGGGGGUGCUGGGGAGAGCAAGGGGGACAUGUUUGCCCAGAUGAAGGAGAAGUUCUUCAAUGAGAUGAACAAGAUCCCCUUACCGCCCUGGGCCCUGAUCGCCAUCGCCGUGGUCGCUGGCCUCCUGCUCCUCACCUGCUGCUUCUGCAUCUGCAAGAAGUGCUGCUGCAAGAAGAAGAGGAACAAGAAGGAGAAGGGCAAGGGCACGAAGAACACCAUGACCAUGAGGGACAUGCGCGGGGGCCAGGACGAUGAUGAUGCAGAGACAGGCCUGACAGAGGGAGAAGGGGAAGGAGAGGAGGAGAAAGAGCCAGAGAACCUGGGCAAGCUGCAGUUUUCCCUGGACUAUGAUUUCCAGGCCAACCAGCUCACCGUCGGCGUUCUGCAGGCUGCGGAAUUGCCUGCCCUGGACAUGGGAGGCACCUCAGACCCUUAUGUCAAAGUCUUCCUCCUUCCAGACAAGAAGAAGAAGUAUGAGACCAAAGUCCACCGGAAGACACUGAACCCUGCCUUCAACGAGACCUUCACCUUCAAGGUGCCAUACCAGGAGCUGGGGGGCAAAACCCUGGUGAUGGCCAUCUACGACUUUGACCGCUUCUCCAAACAUGACAUCAUUGGAGAGGUGAAGGUGCCUAUGAACACGGUGGACCUGGGCCAGCCCAUUGAGGAAUGGAGGGACCUGCAGGGCGGGGAGAAGGAGGAGCCCGAGAAGCUGGGCGACAUCUGCACGUCCCUGCGCUAUGUGCCCACGGCCGGGAAGCUCACCGUCUGCAUCCUGGAAGCCAAGAACCUCAAGAAGAUGGACGUGGGCGGCCUUUCAGACCCCUACGUGAAGAUCCACCUGAUGCAGAACGGCAAGAGGCUCAAGAAGAAGAAGACGACCGUGAAGAAGAAGACCCUGAACCCGUACUUCAACGAGUCCUUCAGCUUUGAGAUCCCCUUCGAGCAGAUCCAGAAAGUCCAGGUGGUGGUCACCGUGCUGGACUAUGACAAGCUGGGCAAGAACGAAGCCAUUGGCAAGAUCUUUGUGGGCAGCAACGCCACGGGCACAGAGCUGCGGCACUGGUCCGACAUGCUGGCCAACCCCCGGAGGCCCAUCGCCCAGUGGCACUCGCUCAAGCCCGAGGAGGAGGUGGACGCACUUCUGGGCAAGAAUAAGUAGGCAGGGCGCCAGCACAGACACAGACGAGAUCAGAGCUAUCAAUACCUCAGUUGUGCACCCGUAGAGGUUUCCUUUUUCAUUUGUUGUGGUUGUGUCUUUGUUUUUCCUUCCUUUUUCUCUUUUUAAAGACCAACUUCCUUCUAAUGAGUGUGUGAGGAGAGUCCCCUAAGAGGUGAAAGAGAAGCCUGGCUCUUAUCAUUGCCCCAGGAGCUAUCCUUGCUGCAUGCCGUGUCACGUUCCCCUCACCCUUUCAAAGCUUCACUGAAGCCUCACCCUGGGUGAAGCCCUCUUUUGGCAGAAAGUCACAGCACUUCCUGUGUUUUGAGUGUUCUGGACCAACAAAAUGGCAGCACUUCCUGUUUCCUGGCAGAGAAGGCAACACAGAGGCCAGUGAUGUGUGUGUGUGUGUGUGUGUGUGUGUGUGAGCAUCUCUCUGCGCUCCUGGAAUGAGCCAUGGACAGUGAAGUUGUGUGGGAAGAGAAGGCUCUUCAGGGACCCUGAAAUGAAGAGAAGGCCACGGUCGAAGUGGGAGAUCUUCUUUCAGCUUCUGAGAGAGCUCAGAGUCCUGAUCAGAUGCCAGGAGCUCCCGUGGUCCUUGUGGGUGGCUGUUCGGGAGGCAAGAUGUGGAGACUGGAUUUCUCCAGAACUGGGACCAAACCCCUGAUGCCAUCAUAGACAUCCUCCUGUCAUUCAUGGUUUCCCCACAAGUGUGGCUCCAGGACAUCCAUGGAAGUGAACUAGUCACUAGA